GAAUGCAGGUGAGAAAAGGCACGGACUCUGCGGCUGCGAACCCAAACUUGGGCACCGCGCGGUGCGCACGGCUCAGCCCUCGCCCCCGCGGGCGAACGGCUGCUGCGGUUUCAGGCGGAGGCUUCGUGACUAAUGACCUUGCGCAGAGUUGUUAAGAAAAAAGAGAAAUCCGAGCUCUCCGGGUGAGAAGGGACUGACUCUGGGCGUCUCUGAAGAUGGCUUGGGCUGCUCUUUGGCGCGCCGGGGGGACCCGGACGCGGACGGCUCUGUGACGCGAGUAGUCUUCACUGCACCGUGCCCGAAGCGACCUGCCAGGGAUUUUUCAUUCUCGGUCUGUUGACUGGCUUCCCCGCUGCCUGAGCGGAGUCGGAGUUGAGACUGGCUUGUUGCUGGCCCCAGCGCCUCGUGCAGGAAGCGACCCGCGUUUGCUCGGGCAGAGGUAGCGGGAGCAGAGGCUGGGUCUGGAGUGAGUGGCUGGAACGUGAACUGGACUCAACUCGAGUAGCAGCGAAGACGAGCGGGGCUGACAGCGGGGGAGGCUGCAGGCUCGUUGUUCCCCACUGCUUCCCAGCCCCACCGCCCGACUGCCAGAGCGGUUCUGGCCCCUUCGGACAGAGUGGGGACCGGAUCCCGGGAUCCUCCGCCCGCUGCGGGGAUGACUCUGGGUGGGGGCGGGGGGGCUGCCGAGCCAGCGGCGCGCAGUGUCCCGUGAACUGUGAGUACUGCGACUGAACCGCGGCCGGCAAGCGGGCGAUUAGCACCCAUUGCAUGAAUUAUGAAACAAUAACUUUCGGAAGAAGCAGGAGGAAAAAAAAAAGAAGAAGCCUCUAUCGCUGGUCCCCCACCACCACCUCCGGCCGAGUCUGCACGCUGCUCUUGCCCCCUCCCUCCCCUUCCUCUCCUUCCUUUCCUGUAGAGGGGAUAGGGCUGGGGGGAGGGCAGGCGGCUAGCCCCGCAGGAGGGGGCGCCGAGGGGGCUGUGGUUAGAAGGAGCAGUAGCAGCAGCAGCAGGAGAAGAUGCUGAGGAUGCGGACCACGGGAUGGGCGCGCGGCUGGUGCUUGGGCUGCUGCCUCCUUCUGCCGCUCUCGCUCAGCCUGGCGGCCGCCAAGCAACUCCUCCGAUACCGGCUGGCCGAGGAGGGCCCCGCCGACGUCCGCAUCGGCAACGUCGCGUCGGACCUGGGCAUCGUGACUGGCUCGGGUGAGGUGACUUUCAGCCUGGAGUCGGGCUCCGAGUACCUGAAGAUCGACAACCUCACCGGCGAGCUGAGCACGAGCGAGCGGCGCAUCGACCGCGAGAAGCUGCCCCAGUGUCAGAUGAUCUUCGACGAGAACGAGUGCUUCCUGGACUUCGAGGUGUCGGUGAUCGGGCCCUCGCAGAGCUGGGUGGACCUGUUUGAGGGUCGGGUCAUCGUGCUCGACAUCAACGACAACACGCCCACCUUCCCGUCGCCCGUGCUCACGCUCACGGUGGAGGAGAACCGGCCGGUGGGCACGCUCUACCUGCUGCCUACGGCCACCGACCGUGACUUCGGCCGCAACGGCAUCGAGCGCUACGAGCUGCUCCAGGAGCCCGGGGGCGGCGGCGGCGGCGGCGAGGGCCGGCGCGCCGGGCCGGGCGACAGCGCCCCCUACCCCGGGGGCGGCGGGAACGGCGCGAGCGGCGGCGGCUCCGGAGGCUCCAAGCGGCGGCUGGACGCACCAGAGGGCGGCGGCGGCACCAACCCCGGCGGCCGCAGCAGCGUGUUCGAGCUGCAGGUGGCCGACACCCCGGAUGGCGAGAAGCAGCCGCAGCUGAUAGUGAAGGGGGCGCUGGACCGCGAGCAGCGCGACUCCUAUGAGCUGACCCUGCGGGUGCGCGACGGCGGCGACCCUCCUCGUUCCUCGCAGGCCAUCCUGCGGGUGCUCAUCACCGACGUGAACGACAACAGUCCCCGCUUUGAGAAGAGUGUGUACGAGGCCGACCUGGCAGAGAACAGCGCCCCGGGGACCCCCAUCCUGCAGCUGCGCGCCGCCGACUUGGACGUGGGGGUCAACGGGCAGAUAGAGUACGUGUUCGGGGCGGCCACCGAGUCAGUGAGGCGGCUGCUGCGCCUCGACGAGACGUCCGGCUGGCUCAGUGUCCUGCACCGCAUCGACCGCGAGGAGGUGAACCAGCUGCGCUUCACGGUCAUGGCCCGCGAUCGCGGGCAGCCCCCCAAGACCGACAAGGCCACCGUGGUCCUCAACAUCAAGGACGAGAACGACAACGUGCCGUCCAUUGAAAUCCGCAAGAUCGGACGCAUCCCGCUCAAGGACGGAGUGGCCAACGUGGCCGAGGACGUUCUGGUGGACACCCCCAUCGCUCUGGUGCAGGUGUCGGACCGAGACCAAGGCGAGAACGGGGUGGUCACCUGCACCGUGGUGGGCGACGUGCCCUUCCAGCUCAAGCCGGCCAGCGACACAGAGGGCGACCAGAACAAGAAAAAGUACUUCCUGCACACCUCAGCCCCUCUGGACUACGAGACCACUCGGGAAUUCAACGUGGUCAUAGUGGCGGUGGACUCAGGCAGUCCCAGCCUCUCCAGCAACAACUCCCUGGUUGUCAAGGUGGGAGACACCAACGACAACCCGCCGGUGUUCGGCCAGUCGGUGGUGGAGGUUUACUUCCCUGAGAACAACAUCCCCGGCGAGAGGGUAGCCACUGUGCUGGCGACAGACGCCGACAGCGGAAAGAACGCGGAGGUUGCCUAUUCCCUGGACUCAUCCGUGAUGGGGAUCUUUGCCAUCGAUCCCGAUUCUGGGGACAUCCUCGUCAAUACGGUACUGGACCGUGAGCAGACUGACAGGUAUGAGUUUAAAGUUAACGCCAAAGACAAAGGCAUCCCUGUGCUGCAGGGCAGCACCACGGUGAUUGUGCAGGUGGCUGAUAAGAAUGACAAUGACCCUAAGUUUAUGCAGGACGUCUUUACCUUUUAUGUGAAAGAAAACUUGCAGCCCAACAGCCCUGUCGGGAUGGUCACCGUGAUGGAUGCUGACAAAGGGCGGAAUGCAGAGAUGAGCCUGUACAUAGAGGAGAACAGCAAUAUUUUUUCUAUUGAAAAUGACACGGGGACCAUUUACUCCACAAUGUCUUUUGACCGGGAACAUCAGACCACAUACACUUUCAGAGUCAAGGCUGUGGACGGGGGAGAUCCUCCCAGAUCCGCCACGGCCACAGUCUCUCUCUUUGUGAUGGAUGAAAAUGACAAUGCUCCCACAGUUACCCUUCCCAAAAACAUUUCCUAUACUUUACUGCCACCUUCAAGUAAUGUCAGGACAGUUGUAGCUACAGUGUUGGCAACAGACAGCGACGAUGGCAUCAAUGCAGACCUGAACUACAGCAUCGUGGGAGGGAAUCCCUUCAAACUGUUUGAGAUUGAUCCCACCAGUGGUGUGGUUUCCUUAGUGGGAAAACUCACCCAAAAGCAUUAUGGCUUGCAUAGGUUGGUGGUGCAAGUGAAUGACAGUGGGCAGCCUUCCCAGUCCACUACGACUCUGGUGCAUGUGUUUGUCAAUGAAAGUGUUUCUAAUGCAACUGUGAUUGACUCCCAGAUAGCCAGAAGUUUGCACACCCCACUCACCCAGGAUAUAGCUGGUGACCCAAGCUAUGAAAUUAGCAAACAGAGACUCAGUAUUGUCAUUGGGGUAGUUGCUGGCAUUAUGACAGUAAUUCUAAUCAUCUUAAUUGUAGUGAUGGCAAGGUACUGCAGGUCUAAAAAUAAAAAUGGCUAUGAAGCUGGCAAAAAAGAUCAUGAAGACUUUUUUACACCCCAACAGCAUGACAAAUCUAAAAAGCCUAAAAAGGACAAGAAAAACAAAAAAUCUAAGCAGCCUCUCUACAGCAGCAUUGUCACUGUAGAAGCUUCUAAACCAAAUGGACAGAGGUAUGAUAGUGUCAAUGAGAAGCUGUCAGACAGCCCAAGCAUGGGGCGAUACCGAUCAGUUAAUGGUGGGCCUGGCAGUCCUGACCUGGCGAGGCAUUACAAAUCUAGUUCCCCGUUGCCUACUGUCCAGCUUCAUCCCCAGUCACCAACUGCAGGAAAAAAACACCAGGCUGUACAAGAUCUACCACCAGCCAACACAUUUGUGGGAGCAGGAGACAACAUUUCAAUUGGCUCAGAUCACUGCUCUGAGUACAGCUGUCAAACCAAUAACAAGUACAGCAAACAGAUGCGUCUACAUCCAUACAUUACUGUGUUUGGCUGAAUUCCACUCUAAUGUGAUGCUCCAUUAGACACCAUACUGUGAUGACCUUGCUACUCCGAAACCUGCCGGAGCCUGCCCUUGGCCGUGGGGUGUCAGCCAAUCACUGCUUGUUCCACUUGUUGUGCAUUUUAUUUUUGAGUUUUUUCUUUCUCAUUUAAGGAAAAAUAGUGUGAAAAUAAAUAAAUUUAUAAAAGAAACAGUAUUAAUAUAGAAAUGUGCUACUAAUGGAUGUCUAGGUCACCAGGAGUUUCAUUCUCAAAGAAGUGAUUAGAACCUAUUAGACUUAAUAGUGAAGUCUUUUAAAAAAAUCCAAAAGCAUAUUUCAAUAAUAAUUUUGAGACUUUGGAUUGUGUAAACAAAGGGAAAUUAAUUCUAUUACACCUUCGUCUAUAAUACAUUAAAUACUGGCUUUGAAUAAAAACCUAAAUUGAUCAAU